GUUCCUACAAAUAAUUACCGGAUAGCAUUUUUUUAACGUUAUAAUUCUUGAGUUACAGAAGGAUUUCUAUUUUUUUAACGGCAGAAUUCGAGUUUUAGGUUCUUGCUUUUACUGAACGUUGAAGGUAUCAUUGGGGUUUAUUGUCAAUGUGCGGCGUAUAUUCGAUUAUGGAUUUACCUUAAAUUAUAAAUAUAAGAGGUUUAAAGAUUUAUUGGAUCUUCUCGUGAGAUAGUCUAGGUUACGGUUCAAGCCUUUUGAAGUGGUACAUGCAGCUGCUCGCCGUCUAGGUUCAUCUUGUUCGGUUCUCAGCAAGUAUGGUAUUACUAUAAACACGUCCAAUAGGUUGCCUCCUACCCUUUUUUUAUUUUUAUCCAGAAAAAAAAAAAAAAAAAAAAAAAGACAAUGUGCAGUGGACGACGAACUUCAACAUUUCCUUAAGCACCUGUGUCGCGUGGAGUUCAAAUAUUUAUAGCAGGAUUGCUUAAACUGCAAUAUUUGGCUUUCAUGGUGUUUAUGUGCACCAUAUUUCCCCCUAAAGAAAUGUCUGAUAAUCAAUAUGGAGUUUUCAUCUUUAUCCCUCACAAAGCAAAGCACGCUCUGCCUCUCAUGUGUUAUCUUCAUUGUAACCUAACCCUGGCGCUGUUUCAUCUCUGCUCCCUCUUGGCCUCUCCCUCAUCGAAGCUCAGUGCCAGCCCACAUCAAUGCCGUGCCACUCUGCUCCGCUCCUCUCAGUCCAUGUCGUGGUCUGCUUCUCUCAUUGCCACUCAGCUCUUCUCCUCUCCUCUCAAUCAACGUCGUGCUGCUGUCACUCCCUUGCCCAAAGCUCACCCCCAUGUCUGCUCCCUCUCCCUUGACCAUUCCAUGCUGCUUUUCUACUUGUUGCAAGCCAAAUACCCGAAUGUGUCAAGAUAUUGUGUUGGAACUUCGGUACCGAAAGUCACCCAAUUUGCGUCCUUCCCAGGGAAGUUGGGGUCAAGGAGUCUUGUAAAGGAUAAAAGAUGGAGCUUUUCCCUUUCAGUUGCAGAUGGUGAUGGUGCCACCACAAAGACCAGUGAUGAGGGUCUUGCAAACGCAGAAAAUAAACAGUCGCAAGCUGGUGUAAAUAACGAGUCAGGGUCUCAAGCCUCUGAAGCAUCUAAUGGGUCAACAUUUUCUUCAGAUUUGAAGCAGGAGACAUCAUUGUCUCCAAACCUGCAAUCCACACCAAAAAGAUCACCACUAACAGCCAAAGAGAGACUAAGGGCUGCCCGGGUACUCAACCGUUACAUGGAAUCAAAAGCAACUAAAUCAGAAAUGGGCAGCAAAGUAUUGGACGCACUGAGGGCGAGUGACGGUGGGAAGAAAAGAUCUGGGCUCCCAGAAGCCCCCACAAACUUAUUUGAUGACAGCAAGCGAGGAAUGCCAAAGCAGGGCCUAACGUUUGAGUUUCCAGGAGGUUUUGAUCUGUUUAUAAUUGCCUUUUCGUUUGUUUUCAUAAGCACAUUGAUGUUUGCUACUACGUACAUUGUUUGGAAAGUAGGUGCAAUCCAUUUUAAUGAGUAUUAAGGUGGAGGGCAGUUCUGCGUUUUUGGACAAAUUACCAUCUUUUAAUGUAUCCUUGUAACUUGUAAGUUAGCUGAAUUUCGGGUACUUUUAGAUACAUAUUAUGCUAGGCUAGGAUGUCAAAUCUUUUAUUCAGGUAGAAUAAAUACUUUAUGGUACAAAAGAUUUGCUUA